AGAGUUUUUGCUUUUGAUGCUGUUUAAUACUGAUUCUGUUGUGAAUGUGUUAGUUAUCAGCACUUAACUUAUUAUUAAGGUUUGAUUCUCAGUCAAAACAUGUUUUUAUCGGCGAUUAUUCCGGCCAAGUUACUAUGUUAAAGAUAGAAGACUCUGGCUAUAAACCUAUUACUACUUUAAAAGGACAUUCAGGUAGUAUAAGGUGUUUAUCAUGGGAUCCUGAAAGAAAGCUCUUAUUUUCCGGAAGUUUUGACCAAUCAAUAAUUGUCUGGGACAUAGGAGGUCAACAGGGUACAGCUUAUGAAUUACAAGGACACCACAAUAAAGUAACAUCUUUGUGUUUUGCCAAUGCAUCAAAACAAUUAAUAUCUGGAGCUGAAGAUAGUACAAUAGUUUUUUGGAACAUGCAAGUAAAUAGGUUGGAGGUGAGUUAACUCUUUUGGAUACUG